CUCGGAGAGAGCGUCCAAAAGUUUAGAAAGAAAGGAAGAAAGCGUACGGAGACAAAAGCCAAGCACCGCUCCGCUGCUGCCGAUACUCUGGCUGUGCUCGGGCUUCGCGGCGGAGGAGCGAGCUCGUUCCCUGUUUGUUUGGGUGGGAUUUUUUCGGAAACGGGGCGGUGGCGGUAGAAGGGUCGACGCAUUCGUUAUUUCAGCUUUAAAUACGUGAAUUUUAUCCGCAAAUACCAAUCGAUCCACUAGCCAACUUUGCAGCUGCUAUUGAGGGAGCAAUACCCAUUCAGAACAACGACAGGAGGAGUCAAGGAAAUGUGCAUAUACUGGAUGAAACAGGGAGAAACCGACCCAGUUUUGGAGUUCGUCUCUUUGGGGGAUUGAGGUUGUGAGGAGGGAGCAGGUCCGAAGUUAGGGGACGGGAGCAGCUAGAGAAGAAUGUGACUGUCGUUGCGCAGGCAGCGUCUGAAAGCGCAAGGAAGGACAUGCCAAGCUGCCCGGCAGCGAGAGCGUGAAGCGGAAGCAGCGAGAGGCCGCAAGGAGCACGGAAAGGUGCUGCAAGGAGCACGGAAAGGUGCUGCAAGGAGCACGGAAAGGUGCUGCAAGGAGCAAGAAAAGGUGCUGCAUGGAGCACGGAAAGGUGCAGAAUGGAGCACGGAAAGGUGCUGCAAGGAGCACGGAAAGGUGCCGCAAGGAGCACGGAAAGGUGCCGCAAGGAGCACGGAAAGGUGCUGCAAGGAGCACGGAAAGAAGCCGCAAGGGGCACGGAAAGGUGCCGCAAGGAGCACGGAAAGGUGCUGCAAGGAGCACGGAAAGGUGCCGCAAGGAGCACGGAAAGGUGCUGCAAGGAGCACGGAAAGGUGCUGCAUGGAGCACGGAAAGGUGCCGCAAGGAGCACGGAAAGGUGCCGCAAGGAGCACGGAAAGGUGCUGCAAGGAGCACGGAAAGGUGCUGCAUGGAGCACGGAAAGGUGCUGCAUGGAGCACGGAAAGGUGCUGCAUGGAGCACGGAAAGGUGCUGCAUGGAGCACGGAAAGAAGCCGCAAGGAGCACAGAAAGAAGCCGCAAGGAGCACGGAAAGGUGCUGCAUGGAGCACGGAAAGGUGCUGCACGGAGCGGCCGCCGCCUGCGCCCCGAGCUGCCCGGGACAGCGGCCCCAGACCCCGCGUCCCGCAGGGGAGAGCGCAGGGGCCUCUCCCCAGGAAGAGAAAAGCCAUCGGCAGCUGUUGUGGGACAGAAGUACGGGGUGCUGGGGAAAUGAAGGCUGAGAGGCAGGAGACAAUGCAAAAGAGCAAACAGACGCUUCAACAUUGCAGCUUUGCCGGAGUUCGUGGUCUCUUUUCAGGACAAGCGCAAGGCAAAAAGAGGUUACUCCGAGGAACUAUGUAGACUUCAGAUAAUCUCUUUUCCGGGCCCUCCUACGUUUUCGACAGGGCAGGAGGCAGUUUUAUCAUGCACCGCUACAAAACGGGGCUCGUCAUCCUGCCCCCAUGGCACUGUCAGCCAAGGGGGAGAGGUGACCGGGCUUGCCAGGCUUUGAGGUUUUUGCUUAAUUAGCAGUGGUGAGCGUUGUUCGCAGGCAUUACUUUUGGUUCAGGGAAAGGAGGAUGAUGAAAUAGAAAUCGCGUAUCUGCUUUAUGUCUAAAAAUUCGCCAGUGGUCAAUGUCUAAUGAAACAGCAAUACUGCACAGCUUUUGUGGCAGCGGGGUUGUGAAGCCAUCCCAAUACCUCCUCACUGGGCUAGCUCUCACCACAUUUGGCGUUUACCACGUGUAACACUUGGAGCGGAGGCUUCCCCACCACGCACAUGUGCUGCCACCAGACCACCACAGUUUGCUGAUGACAGAUUUCUAGUAACUGUAGAGUUAUUUCCAGGGGAUGGAUUGCCCUGCCAGCCUUCGCAGCCCUGCAGUCUGCCCUGGGGUGAGCAGGGAGCUGGGGGUGGUGAGAGGACUGGCACAGAUGGGGGUAAAACACCCCACAGCCACAGGGACAAAGAGGUGCAACUCAUCCUGCACCCUCAGUUGGUGUCCCUGCUCACUGGGGUGAGACUGACAGCCCUCCAGGAGCAGUGUGUAGCCAGAGCUCAGUCUAUUUAAAGCCUCUGCUCUUGCUGCAGACUCCAAGCAGUGUGUGCCAAUCCCCUUGGCUUGGCAACAUUAUUUUUGGCUGCAGCUUCCUCCCACAUUGUAGGAAAUACAACAAAAUUAAAACAAACAUAAAAAAAAAAAAAAAAAAAAAAAAAAAAAGGAGAAAAGAAAGAAAAAAGAGAUGCAGAGCAAGUGCUCCUGGCAGGGGACGGAAAGGAGCCCAAGAGUGUCAUGUCUUCCCUGUCUUGCUGUUCUGUAGCACCUCCCCUCCAGCUAUGGCACCUCUGCCUGCCUGGUGUGGGGUGAGUGGAGGCACAGGCAGCAUAGCAGUGCAGCCCCACACUGCCUGCCGUGGGACCUUUCCCACUGCAGUUCCUUGCCCGACUCCCCUGGGAGUGGUCCAUGCCACAGGGGCAGUAGCCUGCCCGGGGCCCUGGCUGAUCCCAGCCUGGCUGGAACUGCAGUUUAGGUAGCACAGACCUCUCUGUGUGGGCACUGCUGGAUUAAGGAUAGUGCUGGUCCUCUUGGUGUGGUCUGGGUUUAAUCUUCAUCCUGCCCUCAAGGAGAGGUGGAGAAGCCCUAUUUAUUGUAUUUUCAAUUCUACUAUCACAGCUCAGUCUUCAAAAGGGAGUGGCAAUGAAAAAAGACAUUUAAACAAGUCCUACUCCUGAAUUGAGGCCAUGAGAGUUACAGGCACAAUGCAUUCCAGAAACAAAGAAACUUGUCUUUUCUCAGAGAACUUUAUCUGUCAAAAUUGCACAGAAAAUGAAAGAGGAUGUGGUUCCGUGGCGGAAAAUAAAACCGUAAAGGAAAAAAGAAACUCCUUUCAUUGGUGCAGAAGAAAACAUCAAAUAACAUUCCAGUGGAAAAGCACUGCUUACUUUUUUUUUUUUUUUUUCCUCUAAUAUAUCUCUAUACAGAGAUUAUGAUGCAAUUAUGCAAAAUACAUUAUAUGGUGAAAAAUU